AUGCCAAAGACACCCUUCAGGAGAAAAACACGAAAGUACACACGCGAGUUAGCAGAGCAAAAAGAGCAAAAGAAACUUGACGAGGAUCAACAACAAAAGACGACAGAAGCAGAAAUCCCUCCUUUCGGUGUUCAAAAGACACUACUUGAUACCCCACCCACAUCAAAGACUCGGGUUAAAGACCGUGAAGAAAAAGAAGAGGGUCUAUUAACUGAUUCGGACGAAUCCCCCAAUCGGAUUUCCUGCACAUCGCAACAAAAAGAGGUUGUUCGCAACUCCGUUUCUCUUGCCGAGUCCCCCAAACACAUUAAACAGAAAAAGCCUCGCAAAGAGCGAGUUGAUCGGCCAACUUGCUCCAUUGAAUUGCUUCCGGAUGUUGCGGAUGAUCCCUCACAAUACUCUUUACCCAAAAGGCAGAUUGCUCUAACAUUCAAGAACUUAGCAAAUUAUGGGAAGUGUGGCUCCCUUCGAGUCAAAGAGCUUGAAAGGCGAGUAUACAGGUGGAUGCUUCCUGUUUUGGAACAACCCUUGACUUUUGUAUAUCCAAAGAGUACACCCGAACAUCAGCCAUAG